UAUUUUUAGCUGAGAUUGUGGUGCCUGAUGCCGAUAACCUGAUGCUUUGGAUAAUCGGUUAUAAAUAACGCUCAGGUUUUUGGCACAGAUCCAUAGAUUGCCUUAAUAAGACAUCAAUAAAUCAUCAGGAGACACAGGGAUUACUUUUGUUUUGCCUGUAUCUGUAUUUUGGACUUUCAAAGACACUGUACCCGAUUUUUUACUGAUCUACUGAAGAAACAAUGUCACUUACAUCUUGUAAGGCCUGAGGCCUUAUUCAGACAGAUGAUCCAUAAGACUUGGCUACUGUCUAGUCUCCUGAUUCUAGGAAAUAUUUUACUGCUGUGUUUCACUGUCGUUACCCUUGAAAGACGAAAGCUGUGGAGGCUGCCGAAAAGAUUAGGACCCUACCAUGUCGCUUAUCCUCAAAAAUACAAAUUCAUCAUUGAUCAACCAGACAAGUGUGCACAGCAAAAUCCUUUCGUGGUGAUUAUUGUGCCUGUGGCGCCUAAUAACGUGGAUGCUCGCAAUGCUAUCCGAAUGACAUGGGGAAGUGACAAGCUUGUCCAGGAGAAAGUGGCACUGGUCCUGUUUCUCCUCGGCUCACAUUAUGGAACCGAUGCGGACAGACUACAGGAACAACUCCAGACUGAGAGCGAGCAGUACCAAGACCUGCUGCAGAGUAACUUCAAGGAUACCUAUAGGAAUCUAACCAUUAAAACGAUGGUAAUGAUGGAGUGGCUAAACAAGAAGUGUCCACAGGCAUCUUACGGCGUGAAGGUGGAUGCAGACGUGCUCCUCAGCAUUAGAAACCUUAUGAGCAUGCUAGUGAAUCUGAAUAUGUGGCAAAGGAACUACAUCACUGGCCUGGUUUUGUUCAGCAACAGUGUCCUGCGAGAUCCAUCCAGCAAGUUUUAUAUCCCUCAUGAAGUCUACCCCAAAUCCAGAUAUCCUCCGUAUCCUCUGGGCAUGUGCUACAUCUUUUCUAUGGACCUACCAGAGAAGAUUGUACGUGCUUCGAUGCAUAUCAGACCUAUAUUUAUAGAGGAUGCAUAUCUUGGCAUGUGUCUGAAUCGUUUGGGUAUUAGACCUAAAACACCACCAAAUAUUCAACAAUUUGUGGUUAAACCGCCUCAUUACAAUCGAUGUUUCUAUUCGAAACUAAUAGCAGUACUUACAAACAGCCCAACACAGUUGGUUGCUUAUUGGACAGAUAUCCACACCUCCAGGACACCAUGCUGAGGUGUUUAUUAAAGCGUUACUGCAUGUUGAUAAAGCACACAAUUGUUUAUAUACUCCAAGUUCGCUGUCAGGUAUAGUCCUUUACUGUUGCCAAAGAUGAAUCAGGCUGCAUUUCAAUACCAAAUGGUCAUGUGUGACCCCAUCUCAUAAUCGAAUGAGUUUAGGAGCAUCAAAGUUUGAUUUCAGUCAUUGACUUUAAUCUUUGACAUAUAUUAAAUAUUAAAGGUUAUAUUUUUACACAACAUGAAGUUUUUUUUGUAGAAAAUUAUUUUAGCUUGGUUUUCACGGGCAAGGUGACAGCUUAAAUAUUUGGUUUGAGUGAAACAGAUCACAUAAUUUCGGACACAGUUUAAACCUGUACAUAGUGCUGACUGCUUAUGAUCUCAUGGAUGUUAUACCGGGUGUAAACAGGGCCUGUGUGUGUGCUUGUGAGCAAUUUGCAUCCUGAACUAUAGUAACAAAAACAUGACUUGGAAAUGGAAAUCACCUCUUUAUAGAAUUUACAUUUCUUGACUACAACUAUGACUUGUCAGUUUGUAAAGUUAUGGCCUAAAGUUAUGUAAAGAAAGACUUGUGAAAUAUACAAAGUUUUGUGUUAUUUUUAAUGUUUCAAUUUGAACAAAAAGACAAAAAGCUAGAAUUUAAUAGAUAGGAAAAUGAUAUUUAGAGUUUUAAAUUAAACUGUGUAUAAAAUUAACCUACAACUGUAUUUUGCUGUAUGUUUUCUCCGUAAAAAUUAUUUUCAGGAACUUUUAAAUGUAAAAUAAAAAUAUAUAGCAAGCAUAUAUUAUCAGGAUCCAAGUAGGUUCAGAAAAUGGGGAACAAUGCCUUACCUGACCUGUAACGGUGCAUUCGCAUGUGGUGUAAGAGUUAAUGCUUAACGGAAGGCUUGUCUGAAGCGU